GCCGCUUCGAAGCGUUACCUCCAUGUCACUUCUUUGUAGCGUGCCAAGAUUUCAAGACAUGCGCCACACUUUGCGAAGAAAGUUUACCCGGAAGAUACCACCUGAUAUAGAUACUGGAAACUCCAUGACACAAUAAUCGUGAGGCACCGUCGCAGAAUGGCGGAGCUGAAGACACAUGACCUGGUCAGGAAUGGUCAGGUCAAGGUCCAGCGCAAGAAGGCUCCGCCAACCAAACAACUAAGUUUCGAAGAUGCUGCGGCGAAGAAGAGGCAGCUUGCAGCCAACCGGCAGUAUGGACGUGGAAAGGGCAUCGCUGUCAAAGACAUACGCGACAGGAAGCUCCGGGGUAAUUUGACGGCACUGGAAGAGCGCUAUCAGGAUGCCGCGUUGAAGGCGAAGGAUGCUGAGAUCUUGCUUGAGCACGAGUCGGGCUUUCUGCAGCCAGAGAGUGAGCUUGAGCGGACGUACAAGGUGCGACAGGAAGACAUCAAAGGCGAUGUCGGUGUCGAGACUGCCAAGAAAAGCUUCGAGCUCAAGCUUGACGGACUUGGGCCGUAUACGUGCGACUACACUCGCAAUGGAAAGUAUUUGCUCCUGGCUGGUCGCAAAGGGCAUGUCGCAACUAUGGACUGGCGUGGCGGUAAAUUAGGCUGCGAGCUGCAAUUGCAGGAAACCGUUCGAGAUGCAAAGUGGCUGCACAACAACCAAUUCUUCGCCGUGGCCCAGAAACGCAACGUCUACAUCUACGAUCAUCACGGUAUUGAGAUUCACAACCUGGAGCAGCACGUCGAGGUCACCCACAUGGAGUUCCUGCCCUAUCACUUUCUGCUCGCCACCAUCGGCAAGGCGGGUUGGCUGAAGUGGCAGGACACAUCUACUGGCAAGCUCGUCAUGCAGAUCAGUACAAAGCAAGGUACACCGACUGCGCUCGCUCAGAACCCGUACAACGCAGUCAUGCACGUGGGUCAUCAGAACGGAACGGUCGAUCUCUGGUCACCGAACAGCACGACGCCGCUCGUAAAGAUGCUAUGUCAUCGUGGUCCCGUGCGUAGUAUGGCCAUAGAUAGAGAGGGGAGAUAUAUGGUGUCUACAGGCCAAGACAUGAAGAUGGCUGUUUGGGACGUACGGAACUUCAAGCCGGUGCAUGAGUACUUCCUGCGGCAGCCAGGCUCGUCGGUGGCAAUCAGCGAUCGAAACCUAACGGCGGUCAGUUGGGGUACGCAGACUACGAUCUGGAAAGACCUCUUUUCGAAGCAUCGCUCGGAUUUAGACCAGGUCAAGGUACAGUCGCCGUACAUGAGCUGGGGUGGAGAAGGCCAGCACGUCGAGCGCGUCCGCUGGUGCCCAUACGAAGACGUGCUUGGCGUUAGUCAUGACAAAGGCUUCUCAUCCUUAAUCGUACCCGGAGCUGGUGAUGCGAACUUCGACGCACUCGAACAGAAUCCAUACGAAAACACCAAGCAGCGGCAGGAAGGCGAAGUGCGGCAGUUGCUCAACAAGCUGCAACCGGAGAUGAUCAGCCUAACUCCGGACUUUAUUGGCUCGCUUGACACGGCCACUAACAAGCAGCGCCAGUUGGAGAAGGACUUGGACCGCAAGACUGGCGCGGAGGCGGAGAGGGAGAGAAUUGAGAAGUUGAAGAACCGCGGUAGGGGUAAGAACAGCAGUCUUCGAAAGUAUUUACGGAAGAAGGGCAAUAAAAACGUCAUCGAUGAGCACAAGAUGCGGGUGAUCGAGAUGAGAGAGGAGCAGCGGAGGAGGGCGAAGGAGGCCAAAGAGGGACAGCAAGCCGAAGACCUGGGCCCGGCGCUGGCGAGGUUUGUCAGAAAAGGCGGGUGAAAAGACAUCGUACGCGUUGGAAGUUGUUAAGAUAUCCACCCUGCGGCAAGAGUUCGGUCGAGAGUAGGAUUGAGCGAUUACGCGUCUUCUCGCUCUUCGCACAGACAGUGCACCGACGAAAUCCAUGGGGCCCACCUAUGAGAGCCCCAGUGCGAAGGCCUAAACCGACGAUGAAGGCGGCUUGGAAAAGUAGUCGGUAAACGGGCAGCGUUGUUAUGCAGUCGCAGAUGGGAGGCCCGGACACUUACCUACUGCUGUCAUGACGCGGAGGUCGGCUGAAGGAUUCAUUCAGUGCUGCUGCGUGCAUAUCCGUCCUGAUAUCCAAGAGGGUGACGCGGCAUAACAGGUGUGGUUGUCGGAGCGGAACGAGAAGCAGCGACCAUAUUCAUGUGCUGUCUCGCAAAUGACUCAUACUCCAUAGGCUCGGCGCAGAUUAUCCAUACGAAGAUCAGAGUAAGCGUGUGUCGUACCUCGAAUUUUGAAGCAUUUUGCUCGCCUCA